AUGUCGGUGUACAUCAAUGAGGAGGAGGUUCCCAUUUGGAAGGACGAAUCGUCGCGCGAGCUUGGUGACCACCUCCAGAACUACAGAGGCCACCGCCGGGCCCGCCUCCAGGCCCGCCACCUCGAGACUCGAGGUGGCACUCAGUGCCAGAGCCGCCGGGCCCGCCUCCAGCUGCCGAAGCAGCCACCAGGUCCGCCUCCUGCUGUGCCGAAGCAACAGCAAGGAGAAAGGCGGGAAAAGGACCCAGACGUGGUGGAGUUCAUGACGCAGUUCAGACAACGUCAUGAAGCAACUGCGCCACAAGGAGCUCGCAUGAACUUUACCCAACUCAAAGUGGAACAGGUGAAAGAGUCCUUACAGGCCGUCUUCAACGCGGAGAAGGAAAGGGAUGUUCGCACCAUGACGCGAACACGCACGGCCACUCACACGGGGACAGAGGAGGUGCCCACGAUGAGUGCUCCACCGCCCUUUGCUUCUGCGUCGCAGAUGAUGAUGAGCAGCAGCGCGCUGACGGGAUCUCCCACGGACAUGCCAGUGCCAACGGAGAUGCCCUCACCAGCCCGGCCGAGCUCUGACAUCGAAGAGGCAACAAUGGCGCUCACUGAAACUGUCCUGCCGACACUUCCAACACAAACUGCAGUGGCACCGGAGAUCGAGGCACCGGCAUCGCAGAUGAUGGUGAGCAGCAGCGCAGCGCCGGGCUCUCCGACGGACAUGCCCGUUCCCACCGAGAUGCCCUCGCCAACUUCUCCCGGCGGUGACGAUGACGAGGAUGACACGCACACGGUCGAGACAGCGCUGCCGCCCACGAGCAGCUUGGGUGUGCCGACCCUGGAGGUUCCGACCAGGGAGAUGAAGAAGAGUGCCCAGAUGGAUGCGUCGGCUUCGCAGCAGAUGGUCAGCAGCAGCGCUGUUCAGGCAUCGCCGACGGAAAUGCCAGUGCCUACGGAAGUUCCCUCACCGACCUCACCGGCGGGACCGGAGCAGGAGGAGGCCGAGACGAUCGUGACCGACACAGCUCCUCCGCCGACGAGGACGCUGGUGGCGCCGACCUUCGAGGCAGCCUUGGAGUCUGCCGCCAUAUCAGCGCAGAUGGAUCUCGAUGUCCCAGCGCCGGAUGAGUCGGCUGUGGCCGGAAGCGCCGUAAUGUCCGACUCCGGCCCCGGGCCGCGAUCGCCAACCGACAUGCCGGUAGGCAGGGGAACGAUAUUGCUGUCACCGGAGGUGCCGACAGAUGCAAAGUUGUGGUACCUCACGUGGGCCAUUGUAUCAGACUUCCAGAUCUGCACCUGCCAGUCGUUCGAGCCACAAAUGCACCAAGCCUUCCAGCCUGUGAACGAGAACAUUCUGCAGGUUGAGAAUCGCGUCACGGAUGCCCGGGGUAGCAACCACAUUAUCCCCAUCAAGUCCGAGUAG